UUGAGACGUUGAGACAGCUCUUCCCCACACCCCGCAACAAGCCGCACAAUAUUUACUGCAUGUUGAUAAUGUCUCCAGCGCUGGUCGAGAUUGACGACCUUGAAAUUCAAAUCAUCAUCGACAAUGAGCUAGAUCCUCUGUCUCAGCCUGCACCGGACACUGUCCACCUAGUUGGCGGAUCUAUGGGACUCAUUGCGCUAUCAACAUCCCCAUCUCUUCAACCCGGCGAACGGGGAGGUGCAGUCAAGGAAUUGCGCAUGGAAGAUAUAUGUUGUUCAGCUCAUGGGCUAUCUAUUAUGAUAACCGCAACGAAAGGGGGCACCAAACGAUCAGUACUGUUCGACACUGGCCCUGAGGAGCAGACAUGGGAACGAAACGUGAAUCGACUCAAAGCAGAUAUAUCCAAAAUCGAUCUAAUAGUAUUAUCACAUUGGCACCGAGACCAUUCCGGCGGCAUGCUGAAAGCAAUUGAUAUGAUCAAUAAAGCAAAACAACCAUGUUCAGACGGCAAAAAGGUGGUGGUUGAUGUACACCCAUGUCGUCCAGAUUUUCGCGGCUUCUUGCUUGGUGACAAGAUUGUCUCGCUUGAAGCGGAUCCCAGCUUUGAGGAGAUUACAGAUCAUGGAGCGGUACUCACUAAACAUGAUGAGACGCAUGCUAUUCUUGACGAUAUGUUUCUCAUCUCUGGCGAAAUACCCCGCGAGACCUCUUAUGAGAAUGGAGUCAAGUUUGGAAUGAGGUUUGAUCAGUCUGAGAACGAAUGGAUUUCAGAUGAAAAAAUUGCUGACGAGCGGUUUUUGAUGUGUAAUCUGAAAGACAAGGGAAUAGUUCUCUUUACGGGCUGCAGUCAUGCAGGCGUAGUCAACGCCUCUCGAUAUGCCCGAAAACUCCUAGACGACGAUGAUCAUCGAAGCAACAUGCCCUUCCACGCCAUCGUAGGCGGAUACCAUCUAGCGACAUCCAACGAUGUGAAAAAUAUCGACGCUACAGUUCACGAUUUAAAAGCCCUUGAUCCGGCGAUUAUGUUAGCAGGCCACUGUACUGGAUGGCGCGCAAAGUUUUGUAUUGAGCGUGAAAUGCCUGGCAGUCUUGUACCGUGUGCUGUUGGGAUGAGAUAUAAAUUCUGAAUACUCAGUUCGCAUC